AUGCGGCAGAUUUUCUUAGGGCCUUCGACGGCCAAGGAGUCCUAUAAAGGCUUGGUGGGCAACACCAUUCUUCUAGCGCAGGCCGAAGCAAAGACUACACAGAUCUUACCAUCUUUGAACAAAGUCUUGGAUCAAUUGGUGAUUGUUUUCACAAGAAGUGUCGAGGAAGUCAAAACCUGUAAGGCAUUAACCGUCAACCGCGCAGAGUUUGUGGACUGCUUGCGCUUGAGAAAGAAACAUUGCCCUGUGUUUUUUGACACCGAUAUUGAUCAAGAUGCCGUUCAGAAGCUGCCAGUCGAAGGGGUUCCAAACGAAUUUAUCGAACAUGCCAUACAUCUUCCGGAAUCAACAUUUUUGCAGCGUAUGCAAGGGCCGGGCGACCUGCCCGUGACAGCGCCUCCGUCCAAUACCGAUGGCAACAUUGCUGAAGAGUCUGAUGAUGACCACGAGGUUGCGCAAGCUGAUGAUGAAUCUGUCCAUGACGAUGCGCCGGCCUGCGCAGAUGAAGGCCAUGAGCGUGCCAAUCGAGUAUCGAAGACGACUUUGCUUCUAGCAGUGUUCCUGGCGUUGCUGGAUUUGCGUUGGCGAUCCUUGAAGCUCUUGAAGCCCAAGGGUGGUGACUUGUCCCCGAAAAGUUUGCGUGCCAAAAUGCUGCAGCACAACGCAAAGCUGAUCUCCCAAGUCAACACAUUGCAGUACGAGAAGUCGACCUUGGUGGGUGAACAAGCUGGCAUCAAAAUGAAGCCAGAACCAUUCAGUGCUCUUCAGCAAAAACAAACAAAAUUUGAUGGCGGACUAGAAGCUGAUGAGAUCACUCAAAGAUUGUUGUUGCCUGUUGCGGCGGCAGAACGCUUGAAGCACGUGGAGCGCGAAAUCGCUGCAAGCGAGCAGCAGCAACGCCCACCAGCAAAUUUCUUCAAAGAGGUGUCAUUGACAGGUGCCGAAUUGAGCACGCUGCCAGAAUACAAGUUGCCUUGUAUAAUUCCACAGGCUGCAGCCUGGAAGGGCCCACUUUCAUUUUCCGUAGAUUGUGAUGAGUCUGGCGUCAUUACCAAGGUUGCUUGCCCUGAUGGUGAAGAUGCCUGUAACUUUGACACUUUUCUUGCAGAGGCCCAUAGGCUUGCGGCGGCUGCGAACCGCAGCACCUGGGCAGCUGUAGCAAAACUUCUCCGCAAAGAAAUGCUUCAGUCCGAUGCCACGACAAGUUGCCCAGCAUCGGAGAACCUUACGCCUGAAAUGGCUGCGCAACAGCUGGAAGAGCUUUUUGACAGGAACGCCAACCGCGACGAGGCACAAGUCACAGAAAUUGACGUUCCUUUAGCGUGGAAAGGUCCUGCAGCGUAUGCCAAAUCUCUCAUUGAUAAGUUUCCUUUCAACCAGGAGCAGCUGGACUUGUUGGCCCUUCUAGUGAAUCCACUUGAAGUUGCGCGGCGAAACCGAGAAGAUACAUCUGUGUACACCUUGCCGGUCGACCUAGGAGUGGAUUUGGAAUUCUUGCCGCCCAAACCUUGCGCGGAGCAUUUGAUUUUCAACCGACACUGCGACCAGUGUGUGUCAUAUCCUGGAGUCAUUCAAGCGCUUUCAAAAACGCAAACGUGGUCUUACACCUUGCCAGACGAGAAAAUUUCAUUGAAGAUCAAGCGGACGGCAUUCCCACUCUGGCCAGAGAAGGCCUGCAGCCUAUACACGAUGCAAGGAACGACAGCGUCCCCCGGAUUAGUGGCGCACAUGACUUUGCCUGCCAGAUCACCGGCAGACAUCAAAUUCUUGGCUGUCUACGUGAUGCUUUCACGCCCUCGCUCCUUCAAGAACUUGUUGACGCUGGGGCUCAACGACAAAAUCCGAAACAUCAUCGAAAGCGGACCUCCUGAAGAACUCUUGGAAACCUUCGCAACCUUGUUUGGAUCCAAAGCUGACGAGACACGCGAAGCAGCCCGGGAGGCGGCUGAACAUUUGGGGUGGCAAGCUGGAGGCUGA